AUAUACCUUUAAGUCACUGAGGUAAAUCACAACAAAUUGACAAGCCAACCAAGUCAAUGCAUAUACUGUAGGUGGCGCUCAUGUUAGCACUGUAGGUAUACAGCAUCACUGGGCUGCGCACUGAAGUCAUCUUGUGACAGAAAUGUUAUUCUCCUUUUUAAGUGUUCGAGUCAUGUGAUUUUUUGGCUGUAACACCAAGGCUGAGUUAAGAAUUCAGUGUUGAUGGAAGUAUGAAAAACAGCAUGAACAUCAUGACAUUAAGAUGUCAUAUGGCAUAAAAUAUCAUUUAAACAUGCUGCAUUCAGGCACCAGAGCAUGACGCGGUGUAAUUCGACAUGGCACAUUCCAAAGUGUAUUAUGACUAAUGCAACAAUGUGUGUGUGUUUGUGUGCUUGGCUCACUUGAGAGCUUCUGUUUGUGAAGAGGCUGACUUCCUGCUGGGUGUGACUGUGCAAGACAGCGUCCACAACCUCAAGGUACUGCUUGGCGUGACUGCGAUGCACGACGGGGAGGACAUGUAGGUGACUGUGCUGUUCCCAUGGCAACUACCAUCUGGGAGGACAGCGCACAGACGGCCUGUUCCCUUGCCUUCAUUGGCGGGAAUGUGGAACAUCAAGCUCAUGCCCGUGUUGAACCACACUGGAGACCUGAGAUGGGAAUGCGAGACUACAAGUCAGGAGGUCUCAUUCCGACGUCAACAUUUUGGAAGCGGAACACAUGUCACAUCAGAGAGACGCUGUUUCCUCCUGUGUGGACAAGAGGAUGGACGGUUGACCUCUGAGCUUGCCGACUGGCUCACUGCGCAUUACAAUCAUGGCCAAAAGUCCGGAGGUGAAACUUGGUGUCUUCGGCCGUGCAGGGGUGGGCAAGUCAGCACUGGUGGUGAGGUUUCUGACGCGACGCUUCAUCUGGGAAUACGACCCGACGCUUGAAUCCACCUACCGCCAUCAGGCCAAUAUUGACGAUGAGGUUGUCACCAUGGAGAUAUUGGACACUGCAGGCCAGGAGGACAACCAGCAGAGAGAAGGCCACAUGCGUUGGGGGGACGGUUUCGUCAUCGUGUAUGACAUCACAGACCGGGGAAGCUUUGAGGACGUAGCGCCGCUCAGGAGUCUUCUUGAAGAGGUCAAGAAACCCAAGAACGUGCCUCUGGUACUGGUGGGCAACAAGUCCGACCUGGACCACAUUCGGCAGGUGACCACCGAGGAGGGCGAGCGCCUGGCCGCUGAAAUGGCGUGCGCCUUCUAUGAGUGUUCGGCGUGCGCUGACGUGGGCGGCGCCGUGGCCGAGGCUUUCCACGAGCUGUGCCGCGAGGUGAGGCGGCGCAAGGCCGUGCAGGGCAAGGCCAGACGCCGCAGCUCCACCACACACGUCAAACAGGCCAUCAACAAGAUGCUGACCAAGAUCAGCAGCUAGGGGAGACUCUUUACAACCCCACAAGAACCAAAAUAAUAAUAAAGCAUUUCUCAUGUACAGUAAAUGUUUGUGACUGGCGCUCAAAUGGACUCGAUGGAGUGUAUAAUUUAUCACCCUCAAGUGCAAUAUAUCAUCCCUUUAGUGCACAUGCUCAGAAGAAACUACACUGUAGAUUUUACAGGGAGAAUCAUUUGCCCAUCUUAGAGUCAACUGCACCGUGAGGGACAAAAAUGGAGUCCUGCCGUCGCCCUAUUUCUGACAGUGCAGGUAGAUAAUGUGCAUGGAUUUAUUCCUGGAAGCUGGCGAGAUAUGGCAUCUUUCAUCCGUCUCCAUUUGACUCAAUAAGUGAGUCGGCGAGGACAUCAUUCUGAUUGAGCAUUCAUGACAACUCACAAGGUGAUUGUAUCAGAUCUGUAAAUAGUAGGGGGGGUCACAAGAUACUCAGGUCGCGAGACGAGGCGAUACGCGAUAUUGAGAUGAGAUGAAACUUUAACUUCAUUAUUUUUAAGAAAAGUACCAUGAAAUAAUAUACGGCUGGACAAAUUUAACGGUCACAAAACAAUACAGGGGGCCGCACGAUAGCCUAGUGGUUAGCAUGUUGGCCACACAGUCAAAUACAUGCAUGUUAGGUUAACUGCCGACUCUAAAUUGUCCAUAGGUAUGAAUGUGAGUGUGAAUGGUUAUUUGUCUAUAUGUGCCCUGCGAUUGGCUGGCGACCGGUCCAGGUUAUACCCCGCCUCUCGCCCGAAGUCAGCUGGGAUAGGCUCCAGCAUACCCGUGACCCUAGUGAGGAUAAGUGGCAUAGAAGAUGGAUGGAUGGAUGACCUAAGCAUGAUGCUUUAAACUUUUCCACUUUCCACAAACUGAAGCAAAAACUAAACAUUGAAAUAAUGACGACAGUUGUAGCUGCUACUUAUCAUUUAUGUUGAUGUAUAGUUCUGUAAAGACACAUGACAAGUACAUUGCAGUAUAAUAGCUUUAUGUUUAUGAUAAAGAACUACAGUUCCCAUGAUGCUUACAUUGCGGAAACAGGAAGUAGGUCCAAGUUAGACUUCGCUGCCCUCUUCCCUUGAGAUAGCUUUUCUCGGAACUAUCGUCACGUUUUAAUCUCGUGAGAUCUUGUGACACCCCGAGCAUAUAUUAUAUAGAAUAUACAGUGUGUGUGUGUGUGUGUGUGUGUGUGUGUGUGUGUGUGUGUAAGGGUGAAAUUGACAACAUAAGAGAACAGCAUGUCAACCCAAAGACAGCCCUAGUAACCGUCAAUCCUCUUGCAUAGAUGACCUCUAAUUUAAUAAACUAACACACAUUAAAACCCACUAGAAGUGUCCAGGAAAUAGAACCAAAGCACAUACACAUAAAUAACCUACAAACUCGCAUACAUCACACACCAAAACCUGACUUUAAAUACUGUAUUGUACAGUAGGUGAGCCUUAAGCAGUGCUGUCGUGUCUUAGGUGAAGACGACAGUGGAUGACACUGUAUAAUAACUGCUCAGAAAAAUAAAGGGAACACUUAAUCAUAAUGUCAGUCACACUUAUGUGAAAUCAAGCUGUCCACUUAGGAAGCAACACAAAAGCACAUUUAACUAUGUAAAGUAAUAAGAAUAUUUCAUUCAUUCAGAUCUAGGAUGUGUUAUUUUAAUGUUCCCUUUAUUUUUUAAAUCAGUUUUCUAUAUGUAUAAUGUAUGUAUGUAUGUAUGUAAGUAUGUGUGUGUUUUCCUCUGUGACCUGUCAACAUAAUGUGCACUUAACAGCAAUUAAAGAGACGUAUUGCACCAUGAAGUCUAUAUGUUUUGGUUGUUCAUAUGAAUGUCACUGCUUGGUACUUGUGGUAAAAUACCACAUUUGCAUAGUGGCC